AUAACCAGUGAGUUCCUCUUGAACUCUAAACUCUGUGCUAGAAUCCCACUUUACAACUCUCUAGCUAGACUUCUCUCUUUUGAUUGUUUGUCCUUGAAGAGUUUCUCUCACUUUCUCGGGAAAAUUAAUCAAUUCCCAUCAUUCUCUAAUAGGAUUUCCACUCCAAACAAAAGGUACAUCGCUGAGAUUCUUGCUAUAUGUUUAUCUGGGCUUUAGUGAUGUGAACUUAAAGAAACCAUGUUCUUCCUCUUUUCCCUUGUUUUGGUUUCUGGGAAAACGUGGGAGAAGAUAGGAAUAAUAGAAAAGGGAUUUGACUUUCUUGAUGUUAGAGGCCUAAAUUGAAAUGGGUUCUUAUUUUGGAAAAUUUUGUUGAAGCUACUGUCUGUUUUAGAUGAUUGUGGUGCUUAGAUUGAGAAUCUUCGUAGAGAACAAAAGAGGUUUCUUGCUAAUGUAAUGGCACUUGAAUUUAUCUAUAGCCUACAAAAUGUUUGGCCAUUGUCAAUAUUGAAAGCUGAUGAUUUGAAGGCAUCUGACAGAAUAGUCAGGAAGCUUUCUAUACCAGAAAACACGAAAAGUUUCGUUUUUGCAGUUCGAGAUCCAAAAUGUCAAUCUGUGAUUUAUAUACUUUGUGCUCAGAAUUUAUCUGAGAGGUCAGCUGUCGAUGUUGAGUGCCUUAUAAGAAAGAUUCGACCUGAUGCUGUUGUGGCUCAGGUGGGUCAUUCGCCAUUGGUUCAAAUUCAAUCUGAAGAGAGUGAAUUGGGAAAUAUUGCUGAUGAUCUAGUUCCCACUUCGUCAUUUGGAGUGAUUAAAAGAUGCUUUUUAAAUAAGAUUAACAAGGAAAAGUAUGAAGAUUUGGCUGGAAGCUUGGUUUUGAGAGAAAUAUUUGGGACGGGUUUUCACGGGCAUAUCUUGGCUGCCAAGAGGGUGGCCGAGGAGGUUGGUUCAUCUUUUUUGGUGCUUGAAACUUCAUCUAUCAAUACAGUUAUUGGGGACAAUUCUUCGAGUGAAGUUGACACAGGGAGCGAAGUUCAUGCUUUUGUUAGUAGUUUUGCGCCACAGAAAGCAGGUUCCAUUUCUUUGCAAAGUUCGAGGAGGUUUAGUCUUGAUGAUAAUGUUCAGUCACGGAUGGUGAAGUUGUCAUCUUCUUAUAUGGAUUUGUCAAUGCGUAAGUUGCGUCCUUCAAGUUCUGUUUCAGAGUCAGGAUUAAAAGAAAUUCAGCCAGGAAACAGUUUCCAGGUGCCACCAUUUGCCCAAUCUGUGUAUCCAUUACUUCAAGAUCUACAUAAUAUAUUCAUUGAUCUCCCGUCAAUCGGUAGGGCUUUAGCCUUUGCACAGAAAAUGCUAUAUGAUGUAAACAGGGGGGAAGCUGUGGAUACCCGAAUUAUAUCCGAAGUGUACACCUUCCGAGUUGCUGUUGAGGGGCUGAGAAUUGCUCUUAAUAAUGCCGGUCGAUUUCCCAUUAAAGAACUGGGGAAGCCCAACAAGACUAAGAUUGAGUUUUCAGAGCUUCAGGUUCAGGACAAGUCACAUGCACUCAUUGCACAGGCCCUUCAAAGCCAGACUAGGAAGUUCAAGACUAUAGUAGCUGUAGUAGAUGCUAGUGGCUUAGGAGGUAUCAGGAAACAUUGGAACACUCCUGUGCCUCCAGAGGUGAAGGAUUUGGUUGGGCAUCUUGUCACUGUGUGUGAAAGUGAUGGAGAAGUUCCAAAUCAUGCUGAAAAGAGAAGGCUACUUUCUAACAAAUAUUUGGUGGCAGUUGGAGCUGGGGCAACAGCAGUAUUUGGAGCUUCAUCGCUUUCUAAAGUUGUUCCAGCAUCUACAUUCGUGAAGGUCGUUACAUUUAAAUUACCUACUUCCCUUAAACUUCUGCUGACCCAAACCCAAAAGAUAACGGCAAUAUCUAUGGGCAAGACUCUUGGUCCAACAAAACUGCUAGCCCCUGGACUGGCCAAUUCUGGAGCCAAUGCAACAUCUGCCUUGAAGGCAGCCACUUCUGCCGAGAAAAUCCGGACAGUGGUCCACAGUGUUAUAGCCUCUGCUGAGAAAACCAGUUUUUCAGCUAUGAAAACAGCUUUCUAUGAAAUAAUGAGAAAACGACAGGUACAACCUGUUGGUGUCCUACCUUGGGCAACAUUUGGUUGUAGUAUCGUGACUUGCUCGGCAUUGCUCAUGCAUGGAGAUGGGAUUGAAUGUGCAGUUGAAUCUCUUCCUGCAGCCCCUUCUAUCGCCAGUUUGGGUCGUGGGGUUCAGAGUUUGCACCAGGCAUCUCAAGUAAUUGGGCAGACAGAUGGCCCCAGGAUACAGAAAUCUAUAGAGUCGUUGAUGUACAGGUUGAAGAAAGUAAAGAUGCAAUAAAGCAAGACUUUCAUUUUCCUGUCAUUGUAAGCUAGCUGAUAAUGUUCUCAAGUUAUUAGUAAAUGAAUUUAGAUAAUUCUUCGGUAUAUAAGUAGAAUGUGGGAGGGUGAUUUGUAUUGUCAUGGAUGUUAAUCUCUGUCUUGAUUUGAAGUCAAUUUUCUAAUCUGAUACGACUUCUUUGUCAUA